UAUUAGGCUGCACUGUGCAAGCUUCACUUGCUAUCGGCAGGAAUCGCCCAGGGCGUCGACUGGCCAACAAGCAGAGCAUCCAUUCAUCCUUUCCUUUGGCAGCUGAGGUUUUCCAGUCGAGCUAGCUAGCGUUAGCCAAGAGGCAGGGGACAGCUGUGUCAGAGGGAUCCUCAAAAUGUCGGGUUACCAAGGAAAGAAGAACAUCCCAAGAAUUACAAGUGACCGUCUCCUCAUCAAAGGAGCAAAGAUAGUGAACGAUGAUCAGUCAUUCUUGGCUGAUAUCUACAUGGAGGAUGGAGUCAUCAAGCAAAUCGGAGACAACCUCAUUGUUCCCGGGGGAGUUAAGAUCAUAGAGGCUCAUGGGCGAAUGGUGAUGCCUGGGGGUAUUGACGUCCACACCCGUUUCCAGAUGCCUGAUCGAGGCAUGGUGGCGGCAGAUGACUUCUACCAGGGCACCCGGGCGGCUCUGGCUGGGGGAACGACCAUGAUCGUUGAUCACGUGGUGCCAGAGCCUGGCGUCAGCCUGGUCGCUGCUUUCAAACAGUGGAGGGAGUGGGCUGAUAGCAAGUCCUGCUGUGACUAUUCUCUGCAUGUGGACAUCACUGAGUGGAACAAAGGCACUCAGGAGGAGAUGGAGACCCUAGUGAAGGAUCACGGUGUCAACUCUUUCCUGGUCUAUUUGGCUUAUAAGGAUGUUUUCCAACUUUCUGAUUCUCAGAUCUAUGAGGUGCUGAGUGUCAUCAGAGAUCUCGGAGCCAUCGCGCAGGUGCAUGCUGAGAAUGGAGACAUCAUUGCAGAGGAGCAGAGGCGUAUUCUAGAGCUGGGGAUCACUGGCCCUGAAGGUCAUGUGCUUAGCCGCCCAGAGGAGGUGGAGGCAGAGGCAGUCAAUCGCUCCGUCACCAUAGCCAAUCAGACCAACUGUCCCCUCUACAUCACCAAGGUGAUGAGCAAGAGCGCUGCUGACGUCAUUGCUCUCGCCAGGAAAAAGGGUGCCGUGGUUUAUGGAGAGCCCAUAUCUGCCAGCUUGGGCACAGACGGUACCCAUUACUGGAGCAAGAACUGGGCCAAGGCAGCAGCCUAUGUCACCUCUCCACCUCUCAGCCCUGAUCCCACCACCCCCGACUACCUCAGCUCCCUGUUGUCAUGUGGGGACUUGCAGGUGACUGGUAGUGCUCACUGCACUUUCCAGACUUCUCAGCGCGCAGUAGGCAAAGAUAACUUCACCUUAAUCCCAGAGGGCACCAACGGCACUGAGGAGAGGAUGUCCCUAAUCUGGGACAAAUGUGUGGUGACUGGCAAGAUGGAUGAGAACCAGUUCGUGGCAGUGACCAGCACAAACGCAGCCAAGAUCUUCAACCUGUACCCCCGCAAGGGCCGCAUCGCUGUGGGGUCUGAUGCCGACCUCGUGCUGUGGGACCCAGAUAUCACUAAGAUCAUCUCAGCUAAGAGCCACAACCUGUCUGUGGAGUAUAACAUCUUUGAGGGCACAGAAGUGCGUGGAGGUCCUCUGGUGGUGAUCAGCCAGGGUAAGAUCGUGUUGGAGGACGGCAGUCUUCACACCACCGAGGGCUGCGGGCGCUACAUCAGCCGCAAACCCUUCCCUGACCACGUGUACAAGAGGAUAAAGGCUCGCAGCAGGCUCACAGAGUUGCGAGGAGUCCCCAGGGGCCAGUAUGAUGGGCCGGUGUGUGAGGUGACUGUGACUCCCAAGGUAAUGUCCACAGUCUCCUCAGCGAAGACUUCGCCUGCCAAGCAGCAGCAGCAGCAGCAGCAACAACAGCAGUUUACCCACCAGCCAGUGCGCAACCUCCACCAAUCUGGCUUCAGCCUGUCUGGUGCCCAAAUUGACGACAAUGUUCCUCGUCGCACCACUCAGCGCAUCGUGGCUCCCCCUGGUGGAAAAGCCAACAUCACCAGCCUCGGCUAAGCUCUUCUUGCAACUGAGCCGGGGGCGUGCAGGGCAACACGGGAUCAGGGGCCACUCUUACCACUGUCACAUCACAUCUGGUCACCUCUGACUCCUCCCCCUGCCCCGCCCCCACCCAAAAAAAAAGCUCUCCAUCCAUUCUUAUUCACACACUAUCACUAUGUCACCUCAUGCAAAAAAAAAGAAGAAAGCACUGUUCCAUUUUGUUUCAUCUUUCCUGCCAUAUUCCACUGUCACCGAGGAAGGAUCAAGUGAACUGAAGCAGCUUUUCUUGCUGUUUUUAAGCCCAGUUUAAUUACUGAUGAAAGUAAUUUGUUUACAUUUGUUUACAUUUGUGUAUAAUUUUUUUUUGCUGUACAUGUUGGAGCUGCUUAGUUGCUCUUUUGGCUCAGAAAGUUGACAGAAAACUAGACCUGAGAAAGGGUCGGUUUCUGGAGCGGGCAUUUUAGGGACUACAGUUGUUUACAAUUUUUCUUCUUGCGCUGUUUAUUUCCCAGAUGUUAGUUUUAGAAUGUGUUACACAACCACCUUUAGUUGAGAGUAAAUCCUCCACUGUCCAUGUUGUAACACUGCUGCACUGUAACAUUGCUGUUCUAGUACAAAAAGCUCAAAACACUAAUCAUGAAAGAUUAGACUGUAGAAUAUUGUUUCUGCAGCUCAGAAAACUUUUUUCUUUUUUUUGCAGUGUUUAAUUUUUGUGUAGGUACUGUGUGCAGCUGAACAGUUCACUUUGGUCUUCCUUUUGUGUUAUAGUUGCACUUUCUUCUUUCUUUUUUUUUAAAAUUGAUGUUUUUAUUAAGUCGUUUUCGAAAGCGCUGACUGCACUGAAAGGAAAAGAAAGGGUAUUUUAGAGUUAAGCCACUCAUUCAAUCUCACCCUGAAUAUUGGGGCGGGGCGGGGAGAAAUGGCUGGUACAUAACAUUUUGUCUGAGAAACAACCCCCCCCCCCCCCCCAUCUCAUCAGUUUGUUUUUUCCUCCUGUUUGUUCAAAGGUUGUCAGGGCAACAAGCUUCCAAUAAAUCAGACAGGCGUAUAUUGUUCAGGAUACAGACAGACACUACGGAGAAGCUAGAUGGGAGGUUUGCCGACAGCCUCUCUGCACCUGGUGCUAUAUGACCAUUGCUGUAUAUGUGCAGAAGACGUCCACAUCCACACAGCAGUCGUGUAAGCUUUGUAAUAACAGCAGCCAGGGUGGAGUCACCAUUUACCCAGUCUUGACAGAAUUUGUUUUGCACCUGUAACAAUCCAAAUGGUAAAAACUGUAUGUGAGCUUGCAACUUUUUAUUUGUAUUGGAUAUGUCUGUAUGUUUUAGGAUAUUUGUUGAUACUUGCUUGCCUAUUCUAUAAGAUAUUGAUAGCACACUGUAUCUAUGAAGGCUCUUUAAAGAAGUGGAACCAUGAUCUUUGAGACCUGACGAGAAAUGCUUCAGUAUGUGUAUGAAAUCCCUCACAGUGUGCUGAUGAUGUGUCCACUGUUCUCGGUGUUAGUGUUGUGAAUGAAUUGCCAGAUAUCCAGUUCUUCUUCUCUUACCCCUCUAUCUGCCCAACAUCAUCGACACCGGAUUCACACUCAAGGUUAGUAGCUGUAUUCACCAAUCCACAGCAAGGAGGUCGUCAGUAACGCAGCACUGUACGACUGCACUGUAAAACACUGGGUUAUUUCUUCCUCAUUGCCUUGUCAAGUGUAGGUUUUGUAUGCCAAGCUAUAAUGUGAAGUGAUUUACAUUUUGGGGAAGUUUCUUGGUAAUGGUUGUUGAGUUGUAAUGUUGAGCACUGUUGUCGCCCUUUUCCCAGCAAGUGUGAUACUCUCUCUCGGUCAUGUAUGUUUUGUAGGUUACCAGGGUUUUGGGGGAAAUCAUUGGUCCCGUCAGCAUUUGACCCUAUCUGUGUUGACUUCAG